CCGCUGUGGGCCUCAAACAUGUUCAAGAAUGCGGCGACAAAGCUCGCCCAUAACUCCACGUUACCUUCCCUGGGCGGGAAUAAUGACCUCCGCCCGCUCCAGGACCUCAUUACGGCGGAGAAGAUCGUCUUGAAUUCGAUACAGAAACUAGCGAGUGACCUAGGAAAGGCCUCAGACGCAUUGCGUACAUGGGGACUGGGCGAAGGCGACGAUCUCGGUGACACUCUAAGUGCAUCAGCAACCGUCAUCGGCCACUUCUCCAACGCCCUCCUGCAGUACGCCUCGCUGCACAACACCGUGCGUGACAACAUGAAAGCCGUGCGCACGCGCGAGGAGGCGCUCGACGAGCUCAAGCGCCGCCGCAGGCGCAUCGCCGCCAACGCCGAGUCGGCCGAGCGGAAGCUCAACAAGAUGAGCCCCGAGCACAAGAACCUCGUGCAGCAGACCGAGAUGCUCAACCGUCUCAGGGAGGAGAUCAGGGGCCUCGAUACGGAGAUUCUGGCGGAGGAGGCGGAUGUGGGCGAUUAUAAGCGAAAGUGCACGAAGAAUUGGAUGACGCUCAAGUUUGGUGGUCUCGUCGAGUGUUGUGAGAAGGGUGUUAUCAUAGGAAACAUCGGAAAGAACAUCCUUGUCGACAUACCAGAGGAGCAGACCCAACCCGGCAUGCCACGUGCCUUCUACAACGGCCACACGCACGUCAACUUCCUCCUCGCCGAUUGCACGAACAGGCUCAAGGAGGUACAAUUUUCUGGAGUACCCUCCUCCCGCCCAGAGGGCCCCUUCAGCGACGGCAACAACGCGCCCGAAAGCCCCCAUUCGCCCGGGAUUCCGGGUCAGAGCCCGUACGGCACACAGGCGAUCGGUGGGGGCAGCGGGUAUGCGCCGUAUCAGGCUGGACAUUCCGUGACAACAGUGACGAACCCAAACAGCAGUGUCGACGAAAUGGGCGUCAGCAUGGGGCCUGGCGGCGGCCCCUCAUCCAUGAGCGCCCUCCCGCGGCACGGCCCCGCUCCCUCGAUCACCACACAAUCCCAGUUCAACACGAUGCCCACGCGCGGUCCGCGAGGUCCGGGCGGGUUCUACGACUCGAACACGAACACGCCGACGUCCGGCUCCGCCGCUGGCUCUGCCUUCGGGGCGGGCGGACCGCGCCCGUCGCUGGGUGACCGCCCGCCGCAGGCGGAGGGCGACUCGUUCUCGCACUCUGUUGCGGAGGCGCUGUCGCUCCGCGGGGAUCAGAACACUGCGAGCACGCUUGCGAGGAACGCGACGGGUGCGAGUCUGGCGCACGACGAGCCGGCGCCGCAGUAUGAGCCGUACGAUGCUAGUGCUCCUACAGGUGGGAUUGGUGGUGGCGGAGGAGGACCGUACGAUGGGCUGCCGCCGGGGGCGGCGCCGGCUGCUGUGCCGGCGUGGGGCCAUGGACACACGAGGAGUAUUGGGCAGGGCGUUAGUCUCGCGGACGGUAGCGGCUCGCCGCAGGUGUCUGAGAGCCCGACGAGGGAGUGGGCGAGGGACGAGGAUGGGCUGCCGAGACACGCGUCGAGGCAUGUUGUGUUUGGUCAGGCGGAGGAGGACGAUCAGCAGGCGCAGACGUCGCAGCUGUCGAGUAUACCGCCGCGGUCGAGCUCGCUCGUGACUGAGAAGGGCGUGCCAGCACAGGGGCGGGAGCAGGAGCAGCCGGAUGCGGAGACAUCAUCAAGACCGACAUCGCGCGACGAGCGCCGGCUCUCGCGCGUUCCGCCUCCCUCGUCUAGUACGGGACAAGAAUACGCGCCGCCGCCGAGCAGACGACAGAGCACCGUUCCACCCAUCCAGAGCCCCAACCCGAAUCAUAAUCUCGCCCAGCCCCCACAGAGCCACAGCCGCAAUCAGAGCCGCAACACGAGCCCGCUGCCCUCGCCCCGCCCCCCGUCGGUGCUCGACGACGAAGGACUGAUGAAGACGCUCAACGCGGAGGCCGCGCGCUCCAUCGCGGAGGAGAUCGACGCGCUCAGCAGCGAGCCGCCGCCGAGCGUGCUGCGGGCGCGGCCCCGCGCGGGGUCGGCGUCGGUGUCGGCGGGCGGGGGGAGAAGGAGCUCGGUGUCGGAGGCGGCGGCGAGUCCGCCGAUGAGUCCGACGAGUCCGCUGGCGCCACCGAGUGCGCCGUAUGCGCAGAGGGCUGUUUCGCCUGGGAACGAUGCAUCGGGAGGAGGUGGUGGUGGUGGUGGUGCGCCGGCGGGGGGUCGACCGCUCCCCAAUCCCUCGCCACUGGCAUCGCCGCUUUCGGCAUCGCCGAAGCUCGGGACGCUCCCGUCGUUUAGUCUCCAGGGGAGUACACCGAGUACGUCGCCCUACCGUACUCCGCCCGAGUACCCCGCGCCCCCAUCGCGCCCGUUCGGGGCCAGCUCGCCGUACACACGGUCGACGUCCUCGCUUACGUCUCUGACGAGCGGUCCUGGGGGCGCUGGUGCUGCGGGGGCGGGAGGGAUGAAGACGAUUAGCGCUGCUGCGUUCCGGAGGCCGCAAGCGCGCAUGCCGAGCGGGUCGGAGGCGCCGUUGCCUGGGGUGCCGCCGCCUUCUGGCGGUGGCGGCGGUGGGAGUCCUGGGGCGGUGCAUCAGCAGUACGCGACGUCGCCUUCGCCAGCGGACACGAGUCCGCUCGCGCUUAGAGGGAAGAGCAGCGGGCAUAUGCGGCAGCAUGGCGGCGGCGGCGGCGGUGGUGGGUCGAGUGUGGGCGGGAUUGGGAGUCAGGCGUUUGGCGGGCUGCCGCCUGGUGCGAGCCCCGGUGCAGGGCCUGGAGGGCGGCCGCUGUCGGGUGCAGCGAAUGAGGAUGAUUUUGAUUAUAUUUCGGCGUAUGUGAAUGGGCAGGAGAAUGGGGGGCAGCAUCAGGGACAGGGAUAUGAUCAAGGGCGGUUCGCGACGAAUUUGGAGGAGGAUAAUGUUCGGUGAUCAUGAAGGCGAUGCGAGGACGUUUGUUAGAGGACGGGUUGUUCGUGAAUGUUGAUUUGGAUGUUUUGUUUUGUUGGAACGGUGGUUUCGCCGAUGUUGCUCUGCUUUAUACAUAUGACUUUGUUUUGUUGAAGUAUGCACGUAUACGUAUCUUAUUUUGAUUGUUCUUACAUGUACGUUGAAG